AUGUCGUUCUUCAAACUUCCGGCCGCUCCUGUUGAGGUGGAAAUCAUCCUGCCAGGAGAACAAGAAAGACGUCAAGUGGAGGUCAAGUCCGAAGGAGGAAAGCCAGAGCCCUGCCCGGUGUACUAUGAUGGAGAGACCAUCGAAGGACAUGUGACUGUCCGUGUGAAGGAUGGCAAAAAAUUCUCGCACGAGGGAAUUCGCGUGGAGCUAGUGGGUACCAUCGAAUUGUUCUAUGACAGGAAGAAUCACUACGAUUUCGUCUCUCUCUCACAGGAGCUCAUAGGAGCUGGCGAAGCUCGUCAAGCCCAGACUUAUGACUUCUCGUUCAAGAACGUAGAGAAGCCAUACGAAUCAUAUGUUGGCAUCAAUGUGAGACUCAGAUAUUAUCUUCGAGUAACUCUCAACAAGGUUGUCAAGGAAAGGGAGCUGUGGGUACACUCGUAUCGAAUGCCUCCAGAGACUACCGCUGGCAUCAAGAUGGAGGUGGGGAUAGAGGAUUGUUUACAUAUUGAAUUCGAGUACAACAAAGCCAAGUACCAUCUCAAAGAUGUCAUAGUCGGCAAGAUUUACUUCCUACUAGUCCGCAUCAAGAUCAAACAUAUGGAGCUAUCCAUUAUCCGACGAGAGACCACUGGAUCCCCCCCCAGCCAGUAUAAUGAAUCGGAGACUAUCACGAAGUUCGAGAUCAUGGACGGCGCCCCCGUCAGAGGAGAGACGAUACCCAUUCGACUCUUUUUGGGCGGAUUCGAAAUGACCCCCACCUUCCGUGACGUGAACAAGAAGUUCUCGACGAGAUAUUACCUCAAUCUGGUCCUCAUUGACGAGGAGAACCGACGAUACUUCAAGCAGCAGGAAAUCACCAUCUACCGCAUCCCGUGA